CUGGAAAUCUAUACAAGAAUGGCCUCAGCUUCGUCACUGUAUUAUCACUACAUUUCACCAUGUUUGAAGAAGAGAGGAGGAGGAGGAUUGCUACAUUUUCCUGUGGCAAAUCACAAGAGACAGCAGCAAAAGCAACUGCAAAAGCAAGAAGAAAUCAAGGAAGACGAUGGGCGUGGCCAUGUAGCUUCAACUAGAAGAAGACAAUUUAUGUUUCAAGCGCCUCUUAUUGCCUUUUCUUUUUCACAAUUGGUUACGUCUAAUGCUCUUGCAGUUGCAGAGAUUGAUGUGCCUCAAGAUUUCAGGAUUUAUAACGAUGAAGUGAAUAAGUACAAGAUUUUCAUUCCCCAAGAUUGGCAAGUGGGAGCUGGUGAACCCAAUAGUUUCAAGUCCAUUACUGCUUUCUAUCCAGAAGAAGCAGCCAACUCAAAUGUUAGCGUAGCCAUCUCAGGGCUUGGUCCCGAUUUUACUCGAAUGGAAUCCUUCGGUAAAGUCGAAGCUUUUGCAGACACUCUGGUUAGUGGACUGGACAGGAGUUGGCAAAGGCCCCCAGGUGUGGCUGCAAAACUCAUAGAUUGCAAAGCUUCUAAUGGCUUGUAUUAUAUUGAGUAUACACUGCAAAAUCCAGGGGAAAGUAGAAGACAUUUGUUUUCAGCUAUUGGAAUGGCAUCCAAUGGUUGGUAUAACAGACUAUAUACUGUCACUGGACAGUAUGUCGAAGAAGAAGCCGAGAAAUAUGGUUCCACAAUUGAGAAGGCAGUAUCCUCCUUCAGAUUCACUUGAAGCUACUGUUGCUGGAAAACAAGGAGACUCUUCCUUGAGUUCAGCAGAAAGAGCUGCAGAUCCUCUCGAGUAGUAAAUAUAUGAGUCCUUUGCAUAUAUCAAACGAUAUGGAGGGAGGCAGUAAGGCUUUUAGUAUCAUUUGCGACUGAUGAUGAAUCUUUCAAUAUUUUUGACCAACUAAAUGAAAAUUUCCUGCAUUUCAGUAAGAAAAUUACAUCAAUUCAGUUCC